AGAUUCUUGGAAAACGAAUGGCCUUCAACUAGCCAACUCAGAAUUUUCCCAUUUUCCGCUUAAAUUUUUUCCCUCCUCAUAAAUUUCAACAUUUCCAAUCAACACACAAAAAUUAUCCCAAUUAUUUCCACUUCUCAAUGCUUUUUUUCUUAGUUUUUAUGUAUGGAAAAAUUUGACACAGUUCAUCUUUGAUUCUUUUUUCAUGCUGUGGCGAUGGCUCAGUUACUCUCACCGGUUUGUGCAGAUACACUCAAAUUCCAAAACCCAGUAAACAGUUUUUGUUCAAGAAACAUAUAUUCUAGAGUAGCUAAAAAAAGUGUGAAAUGGAGCAGUUAUCGAGGAAGAAGAAAAAAUUCUGGCAGAAUCAGAGUGGCAUCUCAGGAUUCAGUAUCAAAUCGAGACAUUGCUGAUGAUUAUUAUGCUGUGUUGGGCCUACUUCCAGAUGCCACACCUGAGCAAAUAAAAAGUGCCUAUUAUAAUUGCAUGAAAGCUUGCCAUCCAGACCUGAGUGGCAAUGAUCCAGAGACCACGAAUUUUUGCAUGUUCAUUAAUGAUGUUUAUGAGGUUCUCAGUGAUCCUGUGCAGAGAAUGGUUUAUGAUGAAAUUCAUGGAUAUGCUUUGACUGCAAUUAAUCCUUUCUCGGAUGAUUCCAGCCCAAAGGAUCAUGUAUUUGUUGACGAGUUUAGCUGCAUAGGCUGCAAGAAUUGUGCCAGUGUUUGCCCAGAUGUAUUUGGCAUCGAGGAAGACUUUGGAAGAGCUAGAGUUUAUAGCCAGUCUGGAAAAUCUGAAUCAGUUCAACAAGCAGUUGAAAGCUGGUAUGUCUUGGUUUAUAUAUUAAGUUCUAUAUUGCAGCUUUUUCCUUUUUUUUUUUUUUUUUUUUUUUGGGAACUUUUUUUGACUCUUUCGAUAGAAAGUUUAACUACGACAUUGACACAACAGAUGGAAAUAAUGAGGAUGACGAAGCAGAAAGAUUCUGAUAUAACUCGAUCAUAUUGGAACAACCUUUGGGACAAACCCAAAGCCCGUGAAAAAUCAGAGGAAGAAGUGAAAGAGAGGGCACGACGAGCUGCAGCAGCUUCUCGAAGAUGGAGAGAGUAUUCUCGACGGGGAGCUGACAAACCUCCCACUUACAAACUUCCUGAGACAGUCUCUAACAAGGAACAGUGAGCGGUAAAUUUGAGUAUACAUGUAUAUGAUAUAAUCCUGCAAAUAUGUAGUUCAGUAAUCAUUGACAGACAGAAAAAUUUUAAUGCAACUUGAUAUUAUCUCAAUAUCGAUGUAUCUUAGUUAAUUUCUUUAACUAUGGAACUAUUGAAGGCAACUUUUGAAUAAAUGUGUAACAACUUAUAAUUGUU